AAAGGUUGCUGACCCCUGCUCUAGUGCAUCCAGUGGGGAAAAGGCUUUGCAGCUGGGUCUUUGUAGCCUUCAUGCCCUGUAAACUUAAAUCAUUUCAGAUGUUUAAUGGUGGUGGGAGGGUUCGCUGUACAUUCUGAACUGGUCUCUUGCAAGUUUCUGGAUUGCCCCCACUCUUUGAAAACGCUUUCCUAGAACCCAUCUCUCAAAGCUCCACAUACGUUUCUAAUCAUAUGUUGCAACGCAUUGAGCCCUGGUGCUUGAAAGCGGCUCUGACUCAUAACUGCACUUUAAGAACCCUGCAGGAUCCAGUAAAAAUGCUUACCCUUACCACUGUGUGACUGUAGCUACUCUCAAAGCAUUCCAGACUAGGAACAGGAGCUUUCAGAGCAGUUCCUGAGGGUCCGUCUCAUCUCACGUGUUUCUGAUCUCUAUGUCCCAAGGACAGAUGGGGUUGGGAGUUGUGUAUGGAAGACCACAACUCAUACUUGUGCACACUAGCCUGGAAAUGGCAGUGGUGGUUCCCCAGAGGUGUCUUGUCAAUGGUUGAUCCUGCCUGUUACUGCUGCCAAACAUCACUGUUCCAAGUGGUCAUCGCUGCGCACACCCAGGGUGUUCCUGUUGGGAAAUUCCUGAGAGACUUCUGAUAAAUGUUAUCAUCUUCAGCUGAAGAGGCUUCAGCAGGGGAGGAAAAGCUUGAGGAAAUGUGUCAUGUCAGUGGUCACUAUUAUGAGCACAGAAGAGACAGCGUUAAUGGGAAAACACUCAGCAUUUGGAGUGGGAAGAGGAGGGAGAUGCUGGUGAUGGCAAGAGGAGGUCAUUCCUUGGGUCUGCUUGCCCCCCUUUUGCGCUGUCUGGUGGGGUUCUUGCUCCUCUGUUCCUCAGUAUGGACCCUGAACUUGGAUGCAAGUUCACCAACAGUGUACUCUGGGCCCAACGGAAGCUAUUUUGGGUUUGCCUUGGAUUUCUACCGGGACAGUAAAGGCAGCAUGAAUGUGGUGGUUGGUGCCCCACAGGCCAACAGCUCGCAAACUGGUGUGACGGAGGCGGGUGCUGUCUAUCUGUGUCCCUGGGCGCCUGGUGGCAGUGCCUGCGCCCCCAUUCAGUUUGAUACCAAAGGUGAUGAGGUUGAGCAGCUGCACAGUGUGGUUGUGAAAACCUUCAAGACUAAACAAUGGUUCGGAGCCUCUGUGAGCACCUGGAAAGACACCAUCGUGGCUUGCGCCCCUCUCCAGCACUGGAAUGCCAUUUCUGGCCAAGAGGAAGCCACAAAGACCCCCACGGGCAGCUGUUUCUUAGCCACAAGUGGCCUGCAGCGCUUUGUUGAAUUCUCGCCAUGCCGCAAUAUCCAAAUGGAAUCAGUUUACAAGUUGACAAGAUAUGCAAACGACCACCGCUACUGUGAGGUUGGAUUCAGCUCUGCCAUCUCUGAGUCUGGGAGACUUUUACUUGGGGCUCCUGGUGGAUAUUACUUUGGAGGGCUGAUCUAUUCAUCCAAUUUGUCCACGGUCCUAGCAAAUGCUCCUCUCAAACAUACCCUUUUGUGGUCACUGAAUGAGCUGAAACUCACAGCUUUCACCGCCUUAUACUACGAUGAAUAUCGAGGGUAUUCAGUGGCUUUUGGGGAGUUUAAUGAGGACCCUGAGUCGCCAGAGUAUGUUGUGGGCGUUCCUAACAAGAGCCUGACAAAAGGAGCGGUGCAAAUUUUCACCUUCAAGCGUUCCUUCCUUCUUCUGCGGUCCCUCCCCAGUGAGCAGGUGGCAUCCUAUUUUGGGCACACAGUUGCAGUUGCAGAUAUCAAUGGCGAUGGAAAAGAUGACAUCCUGGUGGGGGCCCCUCUCUUCAUGGAACGCCACUCCGACCGCAAACUCUAUGAAGUGGGAAGAGUUUACUUAUACCUGCAGCAGAAGACCCCCACUGCUUACAUCACCCCCUGGCAGAGACUGACGGGCACAGAUGUCUACGGUCGCUUUGGCAUGGCCAUUGCUUCCCUGGGCGACAUAGACCAGGAUGGAUGCACUGACAUAGCCAUCGGAGCCCCCUUCGCCGGCCAAGAUGGAGGUGGCCGUGUUUACAUCUACCGAGGGCACCGUGAGGGCUUGAGUUCAUUGCCAACCCAGAUCCUUGAGAAUCCCUUCUCUGGGCCGGCUGGGUUUGGCUUCGCCAUACGCGGGGCUGUGGACAUUGAUGCAAACGGCUACCCUGAUGUGCUGGUUGGAGCUUUCAGAGCCAGCAAAGUGACUGUGUACAGAGCUCAACCGGUCUUGUUUCUCAAAGCCCAGAUGGUCCUGCCAGGCGCGCUGAACCCAGAGGAGAAAUCGGGUACGGUAGCAGGAGUACAAGUCAACUGCUUCACAAUCCAGAUAUGUGCCGAAGUGUCAGCAAAGAGGAUUCCUCAGAAAGUUGACCUGAAUGCCGAACUGCAGCUGGACCGCAUGAAGCAGAAAUACGGGCGACGGGUUUUUCUGCAGCAGACCAGCCAAUCGAGCCAAACGUUCCUGCUGGAACUGUCAAGAGAGAAACCCAAAACCUGCCAGGAUGUCGAUGCCUACCUGCGGGAGGAGGGCGAUUUCAAGGACAAACUGAGUCCCAUUGUCGUGAGUUUCAACUUCAGUUUGGCAUCGGCAUCUGCAGACGGGGAGAUGAAGCCUGUGCUGUCUGGCCAAACAAUGGUCCAGGAUCAGACCCGUAUCAUUGUGGAUUGUGGAGAAGACAACAUCUGCAUCCCAGACCUCCGACUCUCCGCUCACACGAACGAAGGCUCCCUGCUAAUUGGGGCAGAGAAUGUGCUUCUCCUCCAGACCACGGCGAUGAAUUCUGGUGAAGGAGCCUAUGAGGCAGAACUGGUGGUGGAGCUGCCACACGGAACUUACUUCCAGACAGCUAACAGCGACGGGCAGAAGUUGAUUUGCAACACCCGUAAGGAGAACGAGACCCGCUUGGUGGCCUGUGAAAUUGGCAACCCCAUGAAAUCCAACACCACGAUCCAGGUAGAUGUGGAGCUAAGUGUCAGCCAGCUGGAAGAGGCCAGUGAUAACAUAACUUUGAUGCUGCAGCUAAGAAGCAAGAACAGCAACAACCCCAAUAGCGCCGUGGAACAAUUGCAGGUGCCGGUCAAGGUUGCUGCAAGAAUGGAACUGCUGGGGAGGUCUGCCCCAGAUGUCGUUGUGGUCCCACUGGCCUUUGGCGACUAUAAGAACACAAGCAAGGACGUAAAUGACUACGGACCAAGAGUUGAACAUGUUUACCAGUUGCAGAAUGCUGGCCCUAGCACUGUAUCUGGGGCCGAGCUUCUUGUGGAUUUCCCCAGCCACUUCCGGGAAGGCUUCCUGCUUUACAUCGCAAGGGUGAGCACGGAAGGCAACAUCGUCUGUUCACCCACAAACGACACCAACCCUCUGAAGCUGAAAGUCCAGGAGCCCACAACUGCUCCCAGCUACAAUAUGACUGCCCAACCACGGCGCUUGCGUGAGAGGCGGGAUGUGAACUCAGCAGCGCUGCAGGAACCCAUUGUGGUGAACUGUAGUAGCCAAGACUGUGUCGUCAUCUGCUGCCAAGUGGGGACUCUGGAGAAAGGGCAAGGAGCCAUGGUGACCAUCCAUGCAGUGCUGUGGCUGCAGACUUUCCAGGAGCACCCCAUGAAGGAGCAACUCCUCAUCCAGUCUCAGGCCCGAUUCAACACUUCAGGGAUGCCCUACCGCAUUCAGCCGGAUGUUCUGCCAAGCGGAUCCUCUCUGACUAAGACACUGGUGGAGUGGGUGGACCCGGCUGCUGAGAGGGAUAUUCCUGUGUGGUGGAUCAUAGCAGCUAUAUUGGUCGGACUUUUCCUCCUUGCAAUCUUCAUUAUCGUUCUUUGGAAGACGGGCUUUUUCAAGAGGAAGCGACCACCCACAGAGGAAGAGGAACAAUUGUCCCAAUGACCCUGGGGCAAAAACAUCUGUGAAGGAGCAGUAGUGGGUGAUCCUCACACAAACACCCCCCCCCCAAUGUGAUCUCAUUUCUGCCUGGAUCCAUCCCUCCCUGUUCCCAAGGAGAUGUCAGCUGGACCCUUUUUCUGAGACACCCCCCUCUUCUUUGCUCCACAAUUUAAUACCCUUCCUCAGCUAUACUUCUGCACGCAUCCCAUUCUCUUGCUAAAUAGAUGCCCGCAGUUUGCAGUAUCCACAUUCAUGGUUAGCGCCACAGAAGAGUGGUUCCUUCACCCUUAAAAACAAGGUCCUGACUGGAAGACACAGGCCAUCCAUUAAAUUAAAAACAAAGCAAAAGCUCACUAAUUCUUAAGUGGAAAAAAUAGGGCUUGGAGAAACAAGUAGGGAGGAAAAAUCCCCAGCACUCUUUUUAAAAGUGCAGAAUGAAUUCCAUUAAUAUACAUUUGUUUAGUCGUUUUUAGUUGUGUCCGACUCUUCGUGACCCCAUGGACCAGAGCACGCCAGGCACUCCUGUCUUCCGCUGCC